GCGAUAAUAAUUGUGGUACCUGAGAUAUCCGCGAGCGCUCACGGUGCCGCCAUUGCCUCCGGCGCUGUAAAGUCCCAUAUCGCCGCUCGGCUGUUUCUUGCUCCCUUUGCCUGCUUCAGUCGGAGAAUUCGUGUCAGCAGGGUGCCCGUUAUUGGAGGCACUUUGGUCGUUAACGGCGGGGGGGCUCGUGUCCUUGGGGGCGGUAUUGGCCCCCUUCUCGUACCCGGCAUGGCCAUCGUCAUUGCCAUCGUUAUCGUCACCGUCACCGUCGUCGGCAUCGUUACCGUCACCGUCACCGUCACCGUCACCGUCACCGUCACCGUCACCGUCACCGUCACCGUCGUCGUCACCGUCGUCCUCAUCGUCAUCGACACUGUCAUCGACAUCGGUAUCGGUAUCGUCACCGGAAUCAUUGCCGCUGCGGUUACCGCCGCCACCACUGGUGUCAUCGUGACCAUGUCGACCGUGAUCAUGGCUUGCGCCAACAUGCCUACCGCUGUCGCUGUGCUCAUCGUGGCUGCCACCACCUCCCUCGAUCUGACGCACAGGAGCUCGACAAGACCUACCUUGGAGCGAGGGAGGUUGCGCAGCUGGCUGUUCGGGGUGUGAAGGAUCCUUUUGAUGGCCAUGUUUGAAAUGCUUACCGCGUCCGUGUUUGUGGAGAUGCUUGUGGUGCUUCUUGUCACCA